AUGCCCCCAAUACGAAGUUAUGUUUGGAAGCAUUUUUCAAAGGAGAGUUGUACCGAUGUAAGGUGUCAGUUGUGCUGCAAAACUUUAAAGUGCUCGAACAACACAACAAAUAUGAUGCAGCACUUAAAUUUGAAACAAAAGUUAAAAAUUCCACCAUCAAUUAAUCUGGAAAUGGUUGUAAUGGACAAUUUGCCAUUUUCGCAUGUGGAAGGGAAAGGGUUCUUGCAGUUAAUGAAACAUCAAUAUCCGCUUUAUAAAGUUCCGACCAGGAAUACAAUAAAAGCAGAAAUUGAAAAAAUGUAUAAUAGAGAAGUGGAAAAAUGUACAAAGAUGUUAUCGCAUGUGUCUAAUAUCUGUUUGACUACUGAUAUAUGGACUGACACUCAAAUGAACAGCAUGUCCGGUGUGACGGUACAUGGUUUGUUUGAAAGUAAAAAAUUUUAUGGAACAAUUGGUGUAUUUAAACUAACUCAAGCCCAUACAGCUGCACACAUCUCAGAAGUACUAAAAGGUUCGCUUUCGGAAUUUUCCAUAAACAAAAGCAAUGUUAGUGCAGUGGUUACUGAUAAUGGCGCUAAUAUUGUUAAAUCUAUUUAUAAUACUUUUGGGAAAAAUCACCAUAUUCCAUGUUUCGCGCACACGCUUAACUUAAUUUGUGACAGUUCAUUAAAUACGCCUGAAGUCAGCAAUAUCAUCACAAGCUGCAGAGCAAUAGUGACUUGGUUUAAACGGCAUGUUAAAGCCAAUGAUAAUUUGCGCCAACUGCAAAUAUCUGCUGGAAUUUCUGAAGGCAAACAGUUAAAACUCAUUUUGGCCGUUAAAACCAGGCGGAAUUCUACAUAA